AUUCGACGUGUGGGCAAUUUCUUUCGUGCUUGGAGUUCGCAAUAUUAAAUAGCUUAUAUUGUGACGUUAUUUUAAAACCAAAACAGGUGAUUUGCCUAGAAAAGGCAUUUUUGAAUUUGGAUAUUCUGGUGGUUCUACCUACAGGAUAUGGUAAAUCUUUGAUUUUUUACUUGCUUCCUGCCUUGCUUUAUGCGAAGAAGCAUGGUGUUUCGAAAAGCGAAAUAAACAUAACAUCAAUUAUUGUGGUUGUAUCACCAUUAAAUGCGCUGAUUGCUAACCAGAUCUUGCGGUUGGCCUCUAGCGGAAUUCGGGCAACUGUUGUCGACGUAAGAUCGUCAAUAGAAGUUGAGGAAGAGGACAAAGAAAUACUUGCCUGCGACUUACGUCUGAGCGACAAAGCCAAGCUUGAAAUUGGACACUAUAACAUUGUGUUCGCACACCCUGAAACGUUUGUGUCAUGUGCUUAUGGAAGGAAGUUAAUGCAGAGUGAACCUUACCAGGAAAAUGUCUGUGCGAUUGUUGUAGACGAAGCCCAUUGCAUCUUGGAGUGGGGUAAGGAUUUCAGAGUGGACUAUGGCAAUUUGGCUGUUUUGUGUGCAACAUUUUCAAGUGCUCCAGUUGUAGCCAUGACUGCCACAGCAAAUAAAACUGAUAGAGAAUUAAUCAAAAAUUCAUUGGGUUUGAAAUUGUGUGCAGAAGUAGUUGGCAAUCCUGACCGAAGAAAUAUAAAAUAUGAAAAACAUUUUCGAGGUGGACCAGAUGUGGACUCCCUAGUAAAAAUCCUUACUCCCAUUGCUGAAGAUUUGUUAAAGAAACUGACAAAUUAUCCCUUAACAAUUAUAUACCUUCCUUUGAAAUGGUGCGGAUUUGCGUAUAAGAUAUUUGAAUCAGUUUUGGGAAACAGCCAGUACUUCCCAACAGGAUCAGCAUCAAUACCUGAGAACAGGCUGUUUGCUCAGUUCCAUUCACCUCAAACACAGGAAAUGAAAGAUGAAGUGUUAAAGCAGCUGUGCUCUUCAGAAAGUACCAUAAGGGUGGUAUUUGCUACAGUGGCUCUGGGAAUGGGGGUUGAUAUUAAGGGCAUUAGGUGUGUUGUUCAUGUCACCCCACCAUAUACUAUCCAGGCUUACUUCCAAGAAACUGGCAGGGCUGGAAGAGAUGGACUACCUGCAACUGCGAUUCUCCACUACAACAAUCGUGACAUUGCCAAAAACAAAACAGGAAUGCAAGAAGAAAUUAGGACUUUUUGCCAUAGUGAGUCGCAGUGUCUUAGAAAUAUAUUGCUCAGUUCACUAGAUACUGACCAAAAGUAUAUAAAGCCAGUUUAUCCCAAACAUCUUUGCUGUAGUGUUUGUCAAUCAAAAUGCGAUGGUACAAGUUGCAUUUAACUUUCCACAUUUGUGGCACUUACCACACUGCAGAACUUUGGAACAUGACUUGGAUAAUGAUUUUAGUAAUCUAAUUUUGUAUGCUGUAUAUUCAAGAAAGAAUACCAUGCGCCUUGAGGCAAAUAAUGUAGUAAAACUAAAAUUGGGAUACUUACUUUGGGUGGAAGGCAGACUAGAAAGUCUUUAUUGAUGAUAACUACAUUGCUUCACAUUGUUUAUAGUU